GCGGAGGAGUGUCGGGCCAUCCACUGAGGGCUAUCCAGUGCCGCUGCCAGGCAUCGCGGAAGAGUUUACCCAGCUGGUGGAGGGCCAAGCGGCAGUGUGUCUGGGAACCGGAAAAAGAUUUUUAUUUUUUUUCCCUCUCUCCCCUCUCUCGUCUCUGUCUCUCCUCAUACUUCCGUCCCCUUUUCUCUCGCCUCGUCUGUCUGUCCUUACCCCCAGGUAUGCCGUGGCCGCCGUGAUCGGGGGGAGGGGGGAGUAGAGCGCAGUCUCGGGAGUACCCCCCGGUCUGCAAGGGGCGAUGGGGGUAUGUGACGAGUGGGGCGGGGCUGAGAGCCGUGGGAACAGAGCGAGGCCGGUGGAGUUAAUGAUAAUGCGCAACACCUGCGCCACUCACAGGUCUCGAGUCUCACGGAGCAGCUCCGGAGGGACAAAAGGAGGAGUGACGAAAAUACAUUCACAGAAGAUGACUUUUCACACACAUGCACCACCCAUGCUCCCUAUUUGUUCAGUGAAUUGGUGAGUACACACAGUCUGUUCAAGAACGUGCUGUUGAAACAAACAGACACUGACUGCCUUUCAUCUGAAGUGUGUGAGAUUCUCAGAGAGAGUGACAGGAAACAGAGACUAACAUGUUCUGGAUAUGCUUGAUUUAAACGCUUUUUUUUAAUGUGAAGUGGUCACUGGAGGGUCAGAUGGAAUAGGCAGAGCAUAUGCCGAAGAGUGAAGUGGGCCUUAAACAGGACACGUAAACAACCAGAAACGGGAAGUAAUCUUUAGUUCACUUCAGAAUUCUUUGUAAAGAUCCCAUACCACAUAAAAACAACAAAUACACCAGCUCAUCACAAGUAUCAGACUAGGCUAUUUCGGUAACACUGUCGUUCUCUGCAGCUUUCAAAACUAGGUAUGAGUGUGAUCAUCAUCAGCAGAAACCAAGAGAAGCUUGACAGAGCAGCAAGGAAGAUCGAGCUCACUACAGGACGAGAAGUCAAAGUAAUAGCUGCUGACUUCACCAAAGAUGAUAGAUAUGGGCACAUUCAAGAAAACAUUGAGGGUUUGGAAAUUGGUAUUUUAGUGAACAAUGUCGGGAUUCUGCCCAGCAAAAUACCCUGCAAGCUACUUGAAACAUCUGACCUGGAAGAAAGAAUAUAUGAUGUUAUCAACUGCAAUGUGAAAGCCAUGGUUAAGAUGUGCAGAAUUGUGCUACCAGGAAUGCAGCAAAGAGGAAGAGGAGUCAUUCUGAAUGUGUCCUCUGGCAUAGCCAAAAUACCCUGCCCCAUUUACACCCUUUAUGCAGCAUCCAAGGUUUUUGUUGAGAGAUUUUCAAAGGGUCUUCAAGCAGAAUAUAAAUCCAAGGGAAUUAUUAUACAGAUGGUGGCUCCAUUUGGGGUUUCAACACCAAUGACAGGACAUCAGAAGCCAGAUAUGGUCACAUUCACACCUGAAGAGUUUGUGAGGAGCUCACUGAAGUAUCUGAAGACUGGUGACCAAACAUAUGGCAGUGUCACUCACACUAUACUGGGCGGGAUUGUGCAGUCCAUUCCCACCUGGGUCCUGCAGAGUGAAGCAUUUCAGCAUCAUUUUAGGGAAUAUGUGAAGGAGAAGGUCGGAGGCUGAGAGCUGUCAUUCUCAAAGUAUAUGUACAGUAUUGAACAUUUGAUACUUAAACAAUAAAACGGUUGGGUUUGUUUGCACUAAUUAUGACAAUACUUUAUGUCAAAAAUAUAAGGCUGGGAAAGAAAUGGAGACCUUUAAAAUACACUAUAUCAGUGUUCAUAAUAGAACAUAUUAUCAUUAUUAAUCAAUCAUAUCAGUAGACAAGAGAUAGUUGAGCUGUACUGACCUUGAUAACAUUAACAGAAGGUCAGUCUCAGAAAGGCCAAAUGACAGAGUAAGAAAUGUGGCCUUGUUAUUUUUGUCUAUACUUUGAGAUUAGAAAAUGUUUGGUCUUAUUUAAAGUGCAUUUUAUAAAUAACAUUAAUAUCCAUAAAACACUUUAACAGAUAUUUGGCGCCACAUAGUGGUUUAAAUGCACUUUAGUGUGAUGGUCUUUAAAGUUUGAAGGGUGAUGUAAAUCUCAUUUAUU